AUGGAUGGAUCGACUAUAGUGUUUAUACUGACGAUGGUGUGCUUGUUUGUUUACACCGUGAAACACAGGGGCGCCAAGCAAGUACCCUCGCGAACCGUACAGGAUGCCAAACCGGCGCCCUCGGUCGCCACCAACGACCCUUCUCCGGAGCCAGUACCAUCGGCUCCGGAGGAACGCGUUGCUCGGUUAAACAGACAUGGUAGUGAUCGAAAGAGAGCCGUUAAUAGUGACAUGGUUGAAAUCGUGAUGACGAUGGCGCCACAUGUGCCUCAGGAAAAAGUCGUGCAAGAUCUCAGGAACACAGGGUCCAUUGAGCACACAAUGGAAAAUAUCUUCGCUGGCAAACUAGAUUAG